ACACCCUGCGCAUGCGCACUUGUGCAUGUGUAGUGGCAAUGCACGGACAUUUGAGUAGUCGAGUUUGCUGCUCUAGCUAAACUUUGUGUAAUUAAAAUGUUAGUUGUGUUUUAUUCUAUAGAACACGGUGGGACUUUUCAUAUGUAAAACAAUUGGAAUAUUGUGAGUCUAAACUCCAAAUGUUAACGUGUCAGUGUGUUAGCUUGACUAACUAGCGUUUUGUUUGCUAGCUAACAUUAGCUAACGUUUAGCUACGUUACGAAGUAGAGCAACGUUGUUAUCUAAUUUACGUCCAAUAAUCUGUAUUCAACGGACCCUAAAUAAUUAAACAGUUUGCGAGUUGUCGCACAAUCUGAUACAUGUAUGUAUGUAGCGAUUUUUAAAAUGCAUGAUCUCUCUGCCACUCUAAGACAAAUGUAACAUUUGCUUAAAAUCUAAGACCCUUAACGUUAAUUCGUUUUAACCAUAUCCUGCUGUAUUUGUUGACUUGUAACGUUACAAUAAUGUGACUGCAGUUCUGUAAACGCAGAAUGGACAGAGACUUGUUGCGGCAGUGUCUGACAUAUCAUGGACAAUCAUUGUUCAACAAACUGAAAUGUGAACAAAUAGAAAACCCAGACUUCCAAGCUGUGGUGUCCGACCUGUGCAAGGCCACGUGUGAAAGCAAGAGUGAUGGGCAGGACAGCCCCCUUGUGGAGCAGUUCAUUGCCAGGAAGGCUGACAUCCUUUUCUGUCCAGCAUGGAAGACCGCCACUCAUCAAGAAGAGGAGCAGCAUGAGGAGGAGGACGCUGCAGAGCCCUAUGCCAUCAUGCCACCAGUGGAGUUAUUUAUGAAGGUGUCUUAUGAUGAAAGAAGAGCCAUGCUGUACAGGGACUUGGAGAAAGGAGACCUUGUGGUGGGGAGGAUCAACAACAUUAGAGAAUAUGGCUUCUUUCUCACUCUCCUUUGCACUGCAGGAGGACUGAAGAGAGACAUAGAAGACCUAGAGUUGUCGGCUUUAUGUCACAUCAGAGAAAUUCCAUCCACUGGCAGCCAUGAUGAUCCUCUGUCUUACUACCAGAUCGGGGACUUCAUCAGAGCUGCAGUGAAAGAUAUUGACCGUUACCAGGAGAAAAUCACAGUUUCCCUCCACCAGGCCUCUCUUUUUCCCAACUUAGAGCACAUCAAACUGGGUGUCUUUCCUCGGGAGGAGCUGCCCAUACACUACAGUCGUAGCGUUCGUGCAGCUGCAGACUCCAGUGAGACCUAUGAGUGUAUACUAAAGAGUUGCCAUGGUUACCACAACCCAUCUGUCGUGGACUACCUGCUGGAGAAGGUGGGGGUUAGUGACGCCCACCCACCAUCAAUGAUGAGAGGACUACAAACUAAACUUUUUCAAGAGGAGGAUUUUGCCUCUGCAAUCAGGAAGAAACAGUCUGCAUCAUGGGCCUUGAAGUGUGUCCGUGCAGGUGUGGACCACUUCAAACAUGGUCGUCAUGUGGAAGCCAUGAACGAAUACAACAAAGCUUUGCAUAUCGACACUAAUAAUGUAGAAGCACUGGUGGCACGUGGAGCUCUGUAUGCUAACAAAGGCAGCAUCAUGAAGGCUAUAACAGACUUUGAAUUGGCCCUGGUGAGCUGUCCAGAUCACCGCAACGCCAAGAAGUACCUCUGCCAGACGCUGGUGGAGAGAGGAAAGCAGCUUGAAGAACAGGAGAAACUAGUAACAGCAGAGGGGUUGUACAGGAGAGCUCUAUCCCUAGAUGACUCGAACCCUGAGGCGCAGGAGGCCCUGCACAAGAUCACAGACACUAUACAGAAAUCGAUUCGCCUGAGAGAAGAAGCGCUGGCUAAGGAGCAGAAAGCUACGAGCAGCCAGACCAGCGCUGAGAAAUUGCGUAAGAUCUUAAAAGAGGAUAAGAGGAUGAAGAAAAAACGGAAGAGAUCAGCCUCUUCCUCUUCGUCAUCCUCCACUUUUUCCAGGAACUCCUCUCCUUCUUCAUCGUCUUCCUCCUCUCGCAGAAGGGCCAAAAAAAAGAAAAAGAAGAGGAGGAGGUCUGAGCGGGGAAGUAAGCGACAUCGCAGGAUCUCCUCAGUGAGGAGUGAGGAGGGUAAGAGCGAGAAAGACCGGAAGGAGAAAGAGGAGGACGAGGUGGAGUGGUAUCCUGCUCCUCCUAACACCUCCGCCACUUUUCUCAACCAGAAGGGAGGCCCGAGGUUUGGAGAGAGGGAGGAGGAGGAGGUAGUGGAGAAGGAUGCUGAAGAUAGACGGAUCUCUCAACUGUAUUCUUUGUCUGCAGCUUCAGAGGACGGAGAGUCAGACUCCUCACGCAGAGACAGGAAGAGAGGGGACAGAGAGGAGAGCAGGACAAGGAAAAGGAAAAAUACUCUGAGCAGAAGCCCCGAAAGAGAGGAGAGGGGGAGCAGGAGUAGAGAAAGGGAGAAUAAGAGCAGGGAUAGAGGGAAGGAGGAUUACAGGAAAGACGGGAGAGGCAGUGACUCCAAGAGGAGAAGUAGUUUAGACGAAAACAGAAAGCGAAAAGUAUCUUGCUCGUCAGCUGAGUCUGAGUAUUCACGGAAGUCCAGUUUAAAAUCUGAGUAUUUAGGGAACUCUGGUUCUGCAUCCAAACACGUGGAGAGUAGAAUGAGACAUGACUCUUCCAGGUGGAACUCCUUCGAUGGUGGUAGGUAUGAAAACAAAGGGUGGGAGGAAAUUCGGGAGCUAGAAGAGGCAAAGAGAGACUGUAGAAAGGGGAAAGUAGAGGAUGAAAGGUCAGAUGCAGGAAAGAGUAAAAACUCAGAAGGUGCUGGAAAUCAUAAACAGAGUAGUUUGACCUCAGUUCCUGUCGAAAGGCCUAAAAAAGACCUCCCUUCUAACCUGUUGGAUAUUUUCAAUCAGAUUGCCCAGUUUGAGAAGGAGAAAGGAGUCGGGCCAAAAUAAUAACUCGAAACCAAAAGUCCAGAAUGUGCCCAAUACUAGUGAAACAAGACAAUGUGAAAUGGAUGUUUGUUUGUUUCCAGGAAAUCAUUCGUUCUGGACAGUGCAUCAAGCUUACACUGCUGAAGGAAUGGCCAAAUGUGUUGUUGAUUGAAUGUCCCCAGUUGUUUAGUGUUAGAGAAACCUUUGAGUGAUUUUACUUUCAAAUGUCUUAGUCCUUAUGGUGGAUUUAAGGCUUGUGAGCAAAUGUAGUAAUUGCUGGAUAAUAGCUGGUCAAAAUGUAUUGAAGUUUUCAUAACAAAAUACUUUCCAAAACAACGUGAUAAGAGAGAAUAACAAUUUCCACUUAUUGUAUCUUCUGAGAAAUAACUAAAUGCAAGAACAUCAUGACUAAAAAUAUUACAUCUGAAGUCAAUAUUUGGUCAUCUUUGGUAAUUUCUCCUUUUAAGAGUUGGGAGAGAUGUUUGUGUACAUUUUUGAUAGAUAUAUAAUUUCUGUUAUGACAUACAGCACGUCUGACAUCACAUCAGUUUGCUUCAGGCUUUAAUUAUGUGUUGUGUUAUGGUUAUGUGUUCAUCUUAAGUUGAGACUUGUAUCUGUUAAAAAAGACACUGCCUUACGUUUACUGCCUUGUGCCAUAUUGUGCAUUCUUUCUGUGGCUUGUUAAAAUCCCAAACAACCUGACUGUUAGUGUUAGUACCACAGCGGUACUUUUUCAAGCUUUACGCAAUGCAAAUGUUCCAGUUGUAUCCCAACAUAUUUCUCUCCUGCAGUAAAACAAUCUCAACUGAAUCAAUAAAGCAUUUAAAAUGUCAAAACUA